CCUGGUUGGGCCUAGCAUGGCUCAGAUCCCAAAAGUCACGGGUUGGCCCCCGGCUCCACUGCUUUUGCAAGCUGCAGUGCGAUCAUCGCUCUGCUUCUAUCACGAGAAGAGGAACCCUUCUGCUCUUGACCAUCCUGUUUCUACUCUUUCUCCACCUCUGUUCUUCCGUUUUUUCUUCGUUUUUCUUUGUUGUGCAGUGUUGCCUUGUUUCCCUGCUGAUGCUUUAAGCCUCGCUGGCCCCGAACCAGCCCCUCCGCGACAUGAAUGCCCGGUCGCAGUCGCGCGAUCAGCCCCGGCGGACCUCGCAGGGAAGCCCUGUCUUUGCAGGCCAUCAAGACCAACCGUCUUCCUCCUCGCACACUCUUAAUGCCCGUCAGAUGCCUCCGCCUUCCUCGCCACAACCGUAUCUGUCUCGCGGACAGCCGGGUAACAGCCACACCGCCGCCUCCUCCUCCUCGUCCUCCUCGUUGUUUGCACGCGAUCCGCUGAGCACCCAUCGGCCAGGCAGCAGCAUGUCGAUAUCCUCCAUGCUCGGCUCCGACGCCGAUCGCCCCGGCCGUGAUGCUGCCACGGCUGGUGUUGGUGCCGGUGCUGCUUCCGCCCCCGCUUCCUCGACUUCGUCGCUCUUCCCGCGCGCGUCGGCGGCCCCUUUUGGCAGCGCGCCCCCGUCAACACCGGGAGCCAUGUCUCCCCCGACCGCUCCCGCUAGACCCCCAUCCUUGGACUAUCCUCUCUUUCGCCGGUCGCAUACUCCCGAGAAGUCUAUCGCGAAGGUCCAUCCCGGCCGACCGUACCGGUCGAGCUCGGGUGGCGUGACGCAAGGGUCGGUCGGGGACCACCAGCACCACUCCAAAUUCGGCUCUAUCGGACGCCCGCUGCAGACGUCGCACUAUCCCGACAAGUCAGCUAGCUCUGCUCAACCAUCACCACCUAUCGCCGCGGUGGACGUCCCCUACGGAGAUUCGCGUCGCCCCAGUCUGAACGGCUCGAUUCCUCGGCCGAACAGCCAGCCUCAGCACGUGGAGACGCGUCAGCCCGCCUACAGCCCCCUUUCCCGACCGAUACCGGGUGUACCCGAGGGUGGGAACCUUCCUCCUUCUUCUUCCUCUUCUUCUCAACGAGCGUCGUCGUAUCUAGGUCUGGAGGGUGGACAACAGCAACAGCAACAGCAACAGCAACAUCAUCAUCAUCAACAAAGUCGAUUUGGUGGAUUGUAUCAUGACCGUCAUGUGGAAGAGCAGACGCAUCGAGAUCGGGAAAGAGUCGUCGCAAGCCAUGAUUCGGAGUCGAAAGCUCCCCAUCCCUCGUCGCGAUAUGGCUCCCAAUUUCCCGACCGAGAGGUGGGGGGUGACCGGCCACCACCGGCAUGGGACUUGAUGGGCCGCUCACAGCCACCCUCCCCGGAGACGAAACGCUUCUCCGCCUCGGAGUCAUCCCCCGGAUUCGGUUUCGGGGCGAUCCAAAGCUACACCAAAUCGUUGGGCUCCCAGCUGGCGGCAGGGUCGCGACCGUCACCGCUCUCCAUCCAGCCUCGACAGGGGCAGCCUCCACCCUCGACGAACGAACAGCCUGCCUAUCAUCUGAGCAAACUGCAGACCCAGCACCACCGACUGUUCCCGAGCGCCACUUCCUCCUCAAAGCCAUCCCAGCAGCCUCCAGCCUUUGGUAAUCCCGGAGGUGCGGCUGACGAGCAGCAGCGGCGCAAAGGCAGUGAUGAGCUCCUGCACCAUCGCACCCUGCUUGGCGUUGGAGUGGACGCCAAGCGCGGUGGACGUGCCUCCCCCUUGCCCCAGGCGGUUCAGGGCGCACAGGCACAGAUCAUUGGCCCCGCCGCCGAAUCUGGCAUCAAGAACGAGCUGGGCCGCGUCUUCUCCGGCAUUGGCAGUGGUGUUGGCGGAGUGACAAUGCCCACGACGGGCAGUGGGCCGUCCACCCCGAUGACCGCCAGCCCCUUCAAGCGCGACAGCGUGACUUCGCGCUCCGCCAAUGGAGAGCCAGUCGAGGAAGCCAGUAAGCUCGCCCGACCAGCUUCGACGUCAGGGAAACGGCCGAGAAGAUCGCGUGAUGAGGAUAAUAUCCCCCCGGAGGUUGUGGACACUAGCGCUGAUCUCCGCUCCGGCUCGGCAGCCCGAGCGGCCAGACGCAAUCGGCAUGUUCACCACCAUCACCAUCAUCACCAUCAUCAUCGGCAUAGACCCGAAGAAGAAGUUCCUCCUACAGCCAAUCGAUCCACGUCAGCGAAUGCCUUCCGCCGCACAUCAACCCCGGCCGAUGCGGCAGCGACAGCGGCGGCGGCGAAUCUCGUCAGCUCCGCCACCGGACAUCACCACCAUCAUCAUCACCACCAUCAUCACCAUGUCCCACGGUCAGGUGUAACGGGGGCUGGCGGCACGGUCGGUCCUUCAUCGUCGUCGUUGUUGUCGUCGCCACGGGAGCCUCGGAUAGUGGUCAAUCUAGAGCCCCUGCUGUCGAGCGUGGCGCAUCUGCCGCGGCAUCACCUUGGCUCGACCCUGUACGCGCCGCGGAUUGGGGUGCCGACCGCCAAAGCCACGCUGGAGAGUGCCCGGUUCGGAUACACGACGACGCCGCUACCGCUACCGCGAUUCGAGGGCCAGGAGAACUGUACGUUUACGAUCCGAGUGCCUCGCUUCCGGAUCGACGCGAGCCAUCGCGAGGAGAUCUGUGCCCGCCGUGCACUCUGGGGCACGGGCGUGUACACGGAUGACUCGGAUCCGGUGGCGGCGGCGAUCCAUUCGGGGUUCAUCCGGGGUGCGUGGGGAGAAGAUGUGGACGUGAGCAUGUUGGACCUGGAGAUCAAGGACGGCUAUCAGCAUGCCCCGCGUGGGAAGUCUACAGUCUCCUCCAUGGACGGAGGAGGAGGAGGGGGAACUGCAACUGCAACUGCAACUACGCCCGAAUCGCCGCCUCGGAUUCCGCCCGAGCCACCGGCGAACAGGGACUUACACAUCACGCUGCUGGUGCUACCGCGGCUGGAGCGGUACGAGGCCAGCGUGAUGUUCGGACUGAAGUCGCGGGCGUGGGAGCACACGCACGACGGCAUGAGCUUCCAAGUGCUACGGGUGGAGUGGGUGGAGGAAGGGGUUGGCCGGGGCGAAGAGCGCGGCGGCGAGGCCCGGCGCAAACGGCUGCGCAACUUGAUGCAGAGCGGACGUAUCUGUACGGGGGCUGCGGCGGGUGUAUCCCUGGGGAAGGUCAGCGGGGUGGAAAUCCCCAGACGCAAGAUGCCAGUGACGGCGGGUUUCUAAUUUCUUCUUCUUCUUCUUUGUUUUCUUCUUCUUCUUCUUCUUCUUCUUCUUCUUCUUCUUCUUCUUU